AUGGCGAAAACAUCUAAAGUAGAAGAUUAUUGGCGACAACAUUGCAUCGAAAGUUUAUUUAAAGAAUUAACGCAAAUUCUUGCUCGACGCAUGCCGUCUGAUCCAGCUGUAGCAUUAGUUGAACAUAUUCAAAAAAAAUAUCCGAAAUCUUUUAAAAUAUCAACAGAUAAUAUUGGUAUUGUUCCAAAGACGUUAGCAAAUAAUUUACAAUUGAAUUCAAUAGGUUCGCCAGUUUUUGAUAUACACAAUGAAAGUGCAAUAGAUAUUCAAACUGAACGUCGUUCAUUGACUCAAAGUCAAACGAUUGAAAGUAUUACGAUUCCAACAGCUGGUUCAGCUUUUACAGAGUUACUGAAACAAGAUACUGGCAUUGCACAACCAGCACCAGAAAUGAAUAUAAGAAAUCUUGUCUUUGCUAAUCGAUUAAGUCAACAAGUUGUUCGAUUGAGAAAAGAUAUUCGGUCAGAUCGUGAUAUACUCGAAGAAGAGUUAAUUACACCGACGAAAAUGAAAUCCAGCACAUUAACAAUAGCAACAACAAAUGCAUCAACGGAUUCCGUACACGUAGACCUUCAACGUGCAGAAACACAUGACGAACCAUCUGUGCUGCAAUUAAUUAAAUAUAAACAACAAAUUCGUAUUGAAAAUGAUUGUCGUUUACAUCGAGAAAAACUUGCAGAACUAGCCAAAUUUCAACGUAACAAAGAACAAUUCUUUCAUUCAGAUGCUUCUUUAAAAUCAGAUGAAAAUCAACCAUAUCAACAUCAACCACAACAAGGGUUAAACGAACACGAGAUUUUAUCACAAGUUGUACCCAUAGAAUCAAGUAGUGAUAGAUUAUCACAUAAGCCAUUUGUCAAGUCAAAAGAAGAAGAAGAAAUAUUAAAUGACGAGAACAUAUUUCAACCUAGAAAGCAACGGCUUCGAGGACGGCCAAAACACAAAUUAACAACUAUACUUACGAAUACAUUACACGCACGUGAACGACAUACAACAGAUUUUCGAUCAACAUCAAGAAAAGAUGAUGGAAAUUUAGUUUGUAAAGUAUGCGGAAAUAUAUUGAAUCUACAAGAGGAUCAAUCGAUGACUUAUUCUCAACAACUUUCUAUUACACCAAUACCACAUGCAUUAGAAUUACAAACAUCUGCUCAGUCUAUAGAGAAAACAAAUGAUAAUCUUGAUGACUGGUUCGAAUCAGCAUCAGGUGCGCUUAAUUUGCGACAUUCAACUCCCGUAAUAGAAAACAAUAUUAUAUUAUCACAAAUCGGUUCGGCUACAUUUCGGCGAGAUCUUUUUCGACCUAUUCAUGACAAUAAUCAUGAUAUUGGAGAACAUGAAUCAACUGCUAGGCCUUUAAUUUUAUCGGAUGAAGAGGCACACAAUAAACGAUUCAAAACACCACGCAUGUCCGAAUCUGGUGUCUUUUCAAGAUCACCUGGGCCAACAAAUCGUUCUCCGUUGUUAUCACAAGCGAUGCAAUCACCCUUGGCAAUAAUACAUCAAUCAGAUACUGGCGAUGUUAGUAACCGGCAAUCAGCAAACAUCCUAAUGCAAAAUGCAUCUGCACGAUCAACUCCAUCAUCAACUUUCACAGCAAGAAGGAGUUCAACGAAUGAUCGAAGAAUGUCAGGAUGGAGUGUAUGUGAACAUUCACCGGAUGAUACCGAUGAAAAUUAA